AUGGCAGCUUCAUCCGCAUUACUCAAAGUUAACAGCGGUUAUGGAAUCAAGAAAAUCAAUCAAGAACACCUUGUGAGUGGCCCCCGAGUUGACAGGAAGCAUUCAAUAUUCUCAUGUAUUCCACAUGGUGAACAAACCCAGAGGCGAUUCCGGAGCUACAGCUGGACUCGUACUACUAAAGGAUGUCACAACAAGGCAUUCACAACAACAAUGUUGAGUUCUAUUCAAGAAAAUUAUGCAGUUACCGGCAAUUUACAUGCAGAUGAUGUGACGCCAGAAGACGAAACCAAAACAAGAGAUGAUGAUGUAUCUAGAGCAACUUUAAUAUGGAGGGCCGCCAAAUUACCAAUGUACACCGUUGCUUUAAUCCCAGUCACUGUGGGAACCGCUGCUGCUUAUUGGCAAACGGGGCUUUAUUCUUCGGCGCGUUAUUUCAAGAUCUUGGCGUCGUAUGUACUCGUAAUUGUUUGGCUUAACUUAAGCAACGAUGUUUACGAUUUCGAUACAGGAGUGGAUGUAAACAAAAAGGAAUCGGUUAUCAAUCUAUUUGGGAGUCGAACAGGGAUCAAUAUUAUUGCAUGGUUGAUUCUUGUGCUUGGUUUCUUGGGCCUUGCAUGGGUAGCGGUUGAGGCCAGAAAUCCACGUUCUAUGAUAUUAUUAGCUUCCGCAGUAUUUUGCUCCUUCCUUUAUCAGUGUCCACCUUUUCGUUUGAGCUACUAUGGAGUCGGAGAACCUUUACUCUUCGUCGCGUUUGGCCCAUUAUCCACCAUUGCUUUUUAUUUGCUUCACAGCAUAAAAAGUGAGCUUCCUAUUACUAGUACGAUCGUUUGGUCUUCGAUUCUUGUUGGUCUUACUACAUCCUUAAUCCUCUUCUGCAGUCAUUUCCAUCAGAUAAAGGAUGAUAAGGCCGUUGGAAAAAUGUCCCCUUUGGUCAGGCUCGGCACCGAAACGGGUUCGAGAGUAGUAAAAUUUGCUGUUGUGGGACUGUAUUCUAUUAUUUUGGUUUUAGGAUUUACUCAAAAUCUCCCUCUUGCAAGUGUUAUUCUUUGUGCUAUGACACUACCAAUGGGAAAUUUAGUGGUUAGUUUUGUUGAGAAGAACCAUAUGGAUAAAACAAAGAUAUUCAUGGGGAAGUAUUUGUGUGUGAGGUUGCACACUGUUUUUGGGGCUGCUUUGGCUGCUGGGCUUGUAGUGGCUAGAAAGUUUGCUGUACAACAACUUCCACAAGCUAUUGUUCUUUAA